ACUACCACUGUCAGCAGUGCAGAGUCGGAGAUCAUUUGUUUCUUGCUUUCUUCACAAGAAAACCCUCCUCUUCGCCUUCUCUCCGCCUUCUCUCCCGUUUUCCUUUGCCUUCUUAUCAGGAUCCUAAAUUUCCCUCAGUUAUGGCCUUCUCAAUGCUUCCCUCCACCCUCUGAGCCACCGGAGACUCACUGAAAACUUCCUGUUGUUACUACGGGAUCGUUGGCCUGUUCUUGAUUUAGUGUAAUCAGCAUUAUGAUGUUUGAUUGCUGAGAAACUAUUGGAGUUACCACUUGUCCAAGAUGUCUCUUGGCUCAAAAAAAGAAUCUGAGACUGAUAGUUUGAAGAAGUAUCAAGAUUUUUAUUAUGCGGAUCUGAAACAGGGUCUCAUAAGAAUUAAAGCUUCUGGUUCUAGGUACAGAUGUCCGUUCUGUCAUGGGAGGAGUGGGAAGGAGGACUUGCAAUUCAAGGACCUUCUCCUACACGCUUCUGAUGCAGGGAGAAGCUCACAGAGCUGGAGCACAAAGGAAAGAGCAAAACACUUAGCUUUGGAGAGGUAUAUGAAUAAGUAUUUUUGUCAUGAGGAUCAACGUCAAUCUGUCCGCAAUCAGCAGCGUGAUGAUUGUGAUCAGCCUCAACCUGUCCACAAAGAGCAGCGCCAUGAUCGUUAUCAAUCUCAAGCUGUCCGAAAGGAGCAGCGUUACAAUCGUGAUCAAUCUCAGCCUGUCUACAAGGAGCAGCAUUAUGAUCGUGAUCAAUCUCAACCUGUCUACAAGGAGCAGUAUUAUGAUUGUGAUCGACCUCAACCUAUCCGUAAGGANCUCAAGGAGCAGCGUUAUGAUCGUGAUCGACCUCAAUCUGUCCUCAAGGAGCAGCGUUAUGAUCGUGAUCGACCUCAAUCUGUCCUCAAGGAGCAUCAUUAUGACCACGUUCAACCUCAACCUGUUUGCAAGGAGCAGCAUCAUGAUCGUGACCAACCUAAACCUAAGAAUAAACUUGAAGUCCAGAACCACUCUCAUAUAGGGGAUCAACCUCAACCAGUCCGCAAGGAGCGGUGUUAUGAUCAUGAUCAGUUCUUUGUCUGGCCUUGGAUGGCUAUUGUGGCAAACAUACAAACUGAGAUACAUGCUGGACGACAUGUUGGGGAAAGUGGUUCCAAACUUAGAGAUGAAUUUAUUAGACAAGGUUUUAACCCUUUGAAGGUUCAUCCUUUGUGGAACCGCUUUGGUCAUUCUGGAUAUGCAAUUGUUGAGUUUAACAAGGACUGGGAUGGUUUUAGAAAUGCCAUAUUGUUUGAAAAUAGCUUUGAAGUUAAUCAUCAUGGGAAGAAGGACUAUAAUGUUUCAAGGGACCGGGGAAAGGAAUUGUAUGGUUGGGUGGCAAGGGACGAUGAUUACUAUUCAAAAAAUAUAUUUGGGGAUUAUCUGCGGAAGAAUGGGGACCUGAAAACUGUAUCGGGUAAAGAGGCUGAAGAUAACAGUAAAGCAUUAAAGCUUGUCUCAAACUUGGCCAGUACAUUGGAAACUAAAAAUCUACAUCUUAAAGAGAUCGCUCACAAGGUGCUAGAGACUAAUGCAUCCUUGAAUAAUAUGAUGGAACAAAUGGAUGAGACAGUUAAAAUUUACAAUGACAAAAUUAGAAGAAUGCAGGAGGAUGCACGGGAUCAUUUUAAACAUAUUGUCUCAGAACAUGAAAAGGUUAAACUACAAUUGAAAGAUCAGAAGAAGGAACUUCAGCAAGGUGAACAUCAGCUGCUUAAUCGUGAGGCUAAAAAUGAUAAUGAGAGAAGAAAGUUGUAUCAGGAGAAGAAAAUGAAUGAAAGGGCCACUUUGGAGCAAAAGAAGGCAGAAGAUGAAGUCUUGUGCCUAGCAGGCGAACAACAAAAAGAGAAGGAGAAGCUUCACAAAAAAAUCAUAGUGCUGGAACAGAAACUUGAUGCAAGACAAGCGUUAGAGUUGGAAAUUGAAAGGUUGAAAGGUUCGUUAGAAGUCAUGAAACAUAUGGGUGAGGAUGGAGAUGAUGAUGCCAAGAAAAAAAUGGACCAGAUUCAACAAGACUUGAAUGAGAAGGAAGAAGAAUUUGAAUACUUUCAAAACAUCAAUCAAAACCUUAUCAUCAAAGAGCGUAGAACCAAUGAUGAAGUUCAAGAUGCGCGCAAAGAAUUGAUUAAUGUGUAUGCUGGCUCGUCGACCCGAGCCUUUAUUGGUGUCAAGAGAAUGGGAGAUCUUGACAGCAAACCAUUCUGCACAGCCACAAAGUUGAAGUAUGUCAAGGAAGAAGCAGAAGAGAAAGCAGUAGAGUUGUGCUCACAUUGGGAGGACCAGCUUUGUGACCCUAGCUGGCAUCCUUUCAGGAUUAUAGAGGACAAUGCAGGACAAGCUAAGGAAAUUAUUGAUGAAAAUGAUGUGAUGUUAAAAAAUUUGAAGAAUGAGUAUGGAGAUGAAGUUCACAGGGUGGUUGUCACAGCCUUGAUGGAAAUGAAUGAAUAUAACCCAAGUGGUAGAUACACAGUAAUGGAGCUGUGGAACUUUAAAGAGGGAAGAAAAGCUACAUUAAAGGAAGGAGUAGCUCAUAUACUGAAGCAAUGGAAGCUGCACAAAAGAAGGAGAACUUGAAGGCAAACUGGUAGGUUUUCCUUUCUCAUUAAUCAUUACUUCAUGAAUUGAGUUCAGCUUCUGAUUUAGGUGAUGGGGCAACCAUUUUUUGUUAAUGCGCUAAGCUAGGUGGAGAUUUGAACAUUUUAUCUCAAGAAAAGGAAUAAAUGCCUUAACCAUUGAACUUUCCAUUCAAAAUUUCGUUAGAAAUUUUCUAUAUUAGAAACUAUAGGAUCACAAAUUUCUGA